GGCGUGCGUUGGAUACGGACGAAGACAGACAAAGAUGGCGGCAGUAACCAGAGGCUCAUUCCAAUUUAUGAGACGUUUGCUCUUGGCACAUCGGUACAAGCGUUGCUGUUCCAGGGUCCAAACUGGCCGACCAGACUACACCCUCCAUCCCCACACUGUCUUCACCCCUCAGCUGUGCAGCUCUAGGUUUUUCCGCACCAGUUAUGUCACAUCAGGACCAAUUCUGCCGUUCAAACUCUCAGAUAUUGGCGAGGGCAUCAUGGAGGUGACGGUGAAGGAAUGGUAUGUGAAGGAAGGAGACAAAGUAUCCCAGUUUGACAGCAUCUGUGAGGUACAGAGUGACAAGGCAUCUGUCACCAUCACAAGUCGCUAUGACGGUGUCAUUAAAAAGCUCUACUAUGAGGUUGAUGCCAUAGCCUUAGUGGGCACACCCCUGGUGGAUAUCGAGACAGAGCCCGGUCCGGAGGUGGCCCAUGAGGAGGAUGUUGUGGAGACCCCGGCGAUGUCAAACGAUGAGCACACACACCAGCAAAUCAAGGGACACAAGACCCAGGCCACACCUGCAGUCCGUCGUUUAGCCAUGGAGAACACUAUCAAGCUGAGUGAAGUGGUCGGAACCGGGAGAGAUGGACGGAUCCUUAAAGAGGACAUCCUCAACUUCCUGGCCAAACAGACAGGGGCCAUCUUACCCCCAACCCCAUUCCAUGAGAUCCAGCCACCCCCUCCCGCAGCAUCCGCCUCCUCCUCGGCCUCCAUGCCCAAGGCGAAGCCCCCACCAAGUGUCCCGCUCCCUGUCAUCUCCAGGCCCGUAUUCACGGGCAAGGACAGCACUGAGCCCUUGAAAGGUUUCCACAAGGCAAUGGUGAAGACCAUGACUGCAGCUUUGAAGAUCCCCCACUUUGGUUAUAAAGAUGAAGUGGAUUUGACGAGGCUGGUGCAGCUGCGCAAGGAGCUGAAGGACCUGUCAGAGGCUCGCGGGGUCAAGCUCAGCUACAUGCCCUUCUUCAUCAAGGCUGCUUCUCUGGGCCUUCUCCAUUUCCCCAUCCUCAACGCCUCAGUGGACGAGGCUGUUCAGAACAUCAUCUACAAGGCAUCCCACAAUAUUGGCCUGGCCAUGGACACGAGCCAGGGCCUGCUGGUGCCCAAUGUGAAGAAUGUGCAGUUGCUGAGUGUGUUUGAGAUCGCAGUGGAGCUCAACCGCAUGCAGACCCUGGGCGCCACGGGCCAGCUGGGCACGGCCGACCUCACGGGAGGCACCUUCACCCUCUCCAACAUCGGCUCGAUUGGAGGCACUUAUGCAAAGCCAGUGAUUCUGCCUCCUGAGGUGGCGAUUGGCGCUCUUGGAAAGAUCCAGGUCCUGCCAAGGUUUAACUCGAGGGACGAGGUGGUGAAAGCUUACAUCAUUAACGUCAGCUGGUCGGCAGACCACCGGAUCAUUGACGGGGCCACCAUGGCGCGGUUCUCCAACCUGUGGAGGGACUACCUGGAGAACCCGGCCUCCAUGGUCCUGGAUCUAAAAUGAGCCUGCAGUACCCUGGCCUGUGUCCUCUGGAUGCAAGCCCAGCCACCAUGAUUAUGUGAAGUUGGUCUACUGUAUUCUGACACUCUGGGUAGUCACUUUGACUGGGUGUUACUGGUCCCCAUACUGCUCCUGCCCCCUUGGCCUUCCAAACCUUUCUUCCUCAGAACAUGGAUGGCUGCACACGCCACGGACACCACAAGUUACCUACUACUCGACGUUGUGAAACUAAUAUCUAGUUGCAGGCUGUUUUAUCUUUGUGUGUGGCCUUAGUUUGAUUGCUCUCUUCUGGUUGCCUUACUGACAUAGGAUGGGAAUGAACAGUAGCGCUUUCACCUGAAGAGCAGAAUGUUGGAAAACGAACCUUUAGUAAACCUGCUGUAUUUCUGAAAUACUGUAUAACCCUGUAAAAAAUGUCUUUGCACCUUUUUUUUCUUACAGCCCCACACAUUCCCUCAUCAAUACUAGGAAGCUAUUUUAGAGAAUGUGCGGUUUAGUGAUUCCCCUCGAAAAGCAUCAUUGCACAACAUGCUCUUGUGAGUGUUCCUAUCAGCUACAGUGCCUAUAGAAAGUAUUCAUACCCCUUGACGUAUUCCACAUUUUGUGUUAAAUAUUUUCACCCAUCUACAC